AUGAAACAGGUUCAAUCCACGACUACACAAUCCAAAGCUUCGACACUUUCAUCAGGUGCUCGAGCUGCAGCACAAACGCUAAAUGUACCUAUCGAACGUCUCGAAUCACGACAAUCGAAUCAAAGAGAGCAGCUCACCACUGUUAAUAGUCACAGCAACAACAACAAUAGUAAUAAUAACAGUAAUAUGCACAAUACAGCAGCUGUGAUGACAUCAUCAAAUGGUCUCAAUGCCGCUGUAAUGCACGCACGUAAUAACACCAAUCUUGGAGAAUCCACAGAACAUAUCGAAGUACAUCAACAUGAACUUGAUAUUGAUAAUCAAAUGAAGUCAAGCAACGGCAACCAUGUCGACAAUUUCGAAAGACAGCAUUAUCACAAACAGCAAAGUUAUUUGCAUGGAAAUCGUAAGUCUUCAAGUAGUCAUCAACAGCAGCAGCAGCAGCAGCAACAACAACAGCAGCAGCAGCAACAUCACCGUGAACAACAUCAUCAUAUGUCACAUUCGCAACAAUUGGAUGCAAAUUAUAUGGCUGAAGAACAUCCGAAUGUUGGUACACCUCCAUCAGUGACGAAAUAUUCAUUACUUCAAUUCGCCAUGCAGCAUUUCCGCAACGAUCAAAUAAGCGAGGGACGUGGUCAUUCCCGUGAAAACGGAGGUGAACGCUCUGAUCGUCGCGCUGCCUCAAAUCGUUCAUAUGCAGAGCUAGUCAAAUGGCAGGGUACACCCAUUAACAUGCCGCUUCUGCGUCUGCCAAAUGAUUUGGCGCCACUUGCUUUGGAAUGUUUUGAUUGCAUUCUACGUUAUUGUGGCGAUAUAGCACCUGAUCCCGAACUCACAGAAGUGAAGUGUGUUUACACUGUUUUGAUGCAUUGUCACAAGUACUUGGCACUACGUGAUGAAGUGUAUUGCCAGCUCAUGAAACAAACCACAGCGAAUCGUUCACCCUGCACAGAUUCAGCGCAACGUGCUUGGCGUUUGCUUAGCAUAUUGGCAGCAUAUUUUGGUUGUUCAGAUGCCUUACGUCCAUAUCUCAUGGAACAUCUUACAUCGGCUGCAUCCGAUAGAAGGCGGUCAUGCCAUGGUACUGCUGCUGUAUGUCUGACCAACUUACGUAAAACUGCACGUUGUGGUGGACGAAAGAAUGUGCCUAGCGUGGAAGAGGUGACUGCGGUCUCUGCUGGUCGUUCUGCACGCCGACAAAUUUAUCGUUUACCAGGCGGUGCUGAACGUGUAGUUAAUACGCGUUGUUCUACAGUUGUAGCAGAUGUUAUUUCUGAACUUUGCGCAUUGCUUGGUGUUGAAUCUGAAGCGGAACAGCAAGAGUUUUCGCUAUAUUGUAUUGUACAAGGUGAUGCGUUCACAAUGCCAUUGUCAGCAGAUGAGUAUAUAUUGGAUGUGACAACAGAAUUGCUCAAGUCUGGACAACCAUUCUAUCUAAUAUUUUGUCGCUCUGUUUGGCAUUUCCCAUUGAAACGUGAUCCAGCACCAACACCACUUUAUGUAGAGGUGCUCUUUAAUCAGGUUGCACCAGAUUACUUAGAAGGCCUUUUAUUAGAGCUACCGGGCAAUGGUGUUCCUAUACCGGAAGUAGUUCGAGAUAUGGCACGAAUUGCAGCGCUGUUACAUCGUGCUGCUGAUUUAAGUCAUGUACCAGCAAUGAAAGAAAUUAAGUUCCUGCUACCAAAACCAGCAUUGGGUAUUAGAGAAAUAAGGCCAGCACAGUGGGUUGGUUUAGUGCAAUCUGCAUGGCCACAAAUAGCUGGCCUAACGCCAGGACAAGUAAAGACACAGUUUCUAAAUGUGCUAUCGGCGUGGCCACUUUUCGGCAGCAGUUUCUUUGCUGUGAAACGCAUUUGGGCUGAUGAAGCACCACAUGUAGAGGAUAAUAAUCCAAUGUGGCGAGAUUUAAUAUUAGCACUAAAUCGUCGUGGUGUACUAUUCUUAGAUCCAAAUACACAUGAAACGUUGCAGCACUGGCCUUUUAUGGAAGUCAUAUCAACACGUAAGGUGCGCUCAGAAGAUGGCGCUUUGUUCUUGGACAUGAAAGUUGGCAAUUUAAUGCAGCAGCGUGUCAUACGCGUACAAACCGAGCAGGCACAUGAGAUUUCUCGUUUAGUGCGACAAUACAUAACAAUGGCGCAAAUCAGUCAGCGAGACAAACGGGAAUAAUACCAAUUUUUAGAUUUAAUUUUAUUUUUUUAUUUGCUUUCUAUUCAUUUGUGUCAAAAUUUAGUAUAGAUUAGGUAUUUUAUAUAAAAUUUCUUGGUUUUUCAUAGCUUUUCCUUUUAAUCAUUUAACUGUCGAAAUUGUAUUUAAAUUUUACCUUGAAGGCCAUAUUAAAAAUUUUUUGAAGAAAUUUUUAUAAUUAUGUUCAUAAGUGCAAUGGAGAUGAUGCUUUAAAAAAAAUUUGUUUUUUAAUAUAUUAUCAUGUUAUUAUAAUAUGCUUCUACUCUUUUUCCAAAGUCAAUAUAUUAUCA